UGUAAUCGCCGGGAUCGGCGCAUGCGCAGAGGCGCAGGAGUGGGGAGCAGAAUUACAUGGGAUGCAGAGCCGGCCUUCCCUGAGCCCGAUCCCGGGAAAGCGCACUAAUGCAGCCCGGGGAUUGCAGGCCGCAGCCCAGCAUGGCCGGGAACUGCAGCAGCUUCAACUCGCCCGGCACAGGGGAGAUCAUCCAGCUGAAUGUGGGGGGCACCAGAUUUAGUACAUCAAGACAAACACUCAUGUGGAUCCCAGACUCCUUUUUUUCCAGUCUGCUGAGUGGGAGAAUCUCAACACUACGUGAUGAAACUGGAGCUAUAUUUAUUGAUCGAGAUCCAACUGCUUUUGCACCUAUUUUGAAUUUUCUUCGUACAAAGGAACUUGACUUAAGAGGAGUGAGCCUUAAUGUUCUGCGCCACGAAGCUGAGUUCUAUGGAAUCACCCCUCUGGUAAGAAGAUUGUUGUUAUGUGAAGAACUGGAACGCUCAUCUUGUGGCUGUGUCUUAUUUCAUGGCUAUUUACCUCCCCCAGCUAUUCCCAGCCGCAAGCUGAUAUGUGAAGCUUCAUCCUCUGCGGAGAGUAAAGCCAGCCAGAGACCGUGUGAAGGAGCGGCUCAGAGCGGCACCCUGCAGCCUACACUCUGCGCUAUAGAGGGCAUAGCCAAACUCGGAAUCCCUGUGGAUCCACGGAAAGUACUCAUUGUAGCAGGCCAUCACAACUGGAUUGUUGCUGCCUAUGCUCAUUUUGUGGUUUGCUACAGGAUAAAGGAAUCCUCUGGCUGGCAACAAGUCUUCUCAAGCCCCUAUCUAGACUGGACCAUCGAAAGGGUGGCCCUUAAUGCAAAGGUAGUCGGAGGGCCACAUGGAGAUAAAGACAAGAUGGUGGCGGUUGCAUCAGAAAGUAGCAUAAUUCUUUGGAGCAUACAGGACGGAACCAGUGGCAGUGAAAUAGGUGUGUUCAGUCUUGGUGUACCAGUGGAUGCGUUGUUCUUCAUCGGUAACCAGCUGGUCGCUACAAGCCACACGGGGAAAGUCGGAGUGUGGAAUGCCGUCACUCAGCACUGGCAGGUACAGGACGUUGUUCCUAUCACCAGCUAUGACACAGCCGGCUCCUUUCUGCUUUUGGGGUGCAACAAUGGAUCCAUUUAUUAUAUAGAUAUGCAGAAGUUUCCACUGCGCAUGAAAGAUAAUGAUCUGCUAGUGACGGAAUUGUAUCAUGAUCCCUCCAAUGAUGCCAUCACUGCUCUGAGUGUCUACCUCACACCCAAAACCAGUGUCAGUGGAAACUGGAUUGAAAUUGCUUACGGCACAAGCUCGGGAGCAGUGAGGGUGAUUGUGCAACAUCCGGAGACGGUGGGCUCUGGGCCUCAGCUCUUCCAAACGUUUACAGUACACCGAAGCCCAGUGACCAAGAUCAUGCUGUCAGAGAAACAUCUCGUAUCAGUUUGUGCUGAUAAUAAUCAUGUCCGCACCUGGACUGUAACUCGCUUUAGAGGGAUGAUCUCCACUCAGCCAGGAUCAACCCCACUCGCCUCCUUUAAAAUCCUGUCCCUGGAAGAAACGGAGAGCCACGGGAGCUACUCUUCAGGCAAUGACAUAGGACCUUUUGGAGAAAGAGACGAUCAACAGGUGUUUAUCCAGAAGGUGGUUCCCAUCACUAACAAGUUGUUUGUGAGGCUUUCUUCAACUGGAAAAAGAAUCUGUGAAAUCCAGGCCGUAGACUGCACUACCAUCACAUGCUUUACUGUACGGGAAUGUGAAGGAUCUAGUCGUAUGGGCUCCAGGCCUCGGCGCUACCUCUUCACUGGACAUUCCAAUGGCAGCAUUCAAAUGUGGGACCUGACCACCGCCAUGGACAUGGUUUUAAAGAUAGAGGACAAAGAUGCUGGUGGCCCGACAGAAGAAGAGCUGUUAAAGUUAUUGGAUCAGUGUGACCUUAGUGCUUCACGAUGUGCUACGCCAAACAUCAGCCCAGCCACUUCUGUGGUUCACCAAAGUCGCCUGCGUGAUUCCAGUUCCAGUUUACAACUCCACCAUGAAACGAUACACGAAGCUGCCACGUAUGGCUCGGUGAGGCCUUACCGUGAGAGUCCCCUCUUAGCACGGGCCCGACGCACAGAGAGCUUCCACAGUUAUCGAGAUUUUCAGUCAUUCAGUUUCAACAAAAACAAUUCCGAAAAAUUUAGCCUGGAAAUUGGGAGUAUGGUGGUGAAGAACGACCCAAAACCAAAUGACAACGAAAGCUGCUCUACUGACGAAACGCCCAUAAUUGCUUUGAAAGGAAGUCAGGGUGCCGAGGCUGUUCCUGAUUCCUGCUGCUUGUCUGAUAAUGCUGAUGUCGGGAAGAGGAUCAUAGAGGAGGAAAACGAGGCCAAGCCAGAGACAAAGAGGAGAAGUGGCUUUGAAGGAGCCUUUCUUGGCAGACGUAAAGUAUCACAAGUACCUCAUUUAAGCUCCUCGCCUGGGGAUGGUGGAAGUGAAUCUUCUGGUACUGCGUCACCGUCGCCUACAAAGUCCACCACUUCACCGCGGCGCAAAAAAAGCGAUUCCUCCUGCCAGGACUAUGCAUUGUGAAAUUAAUAGCUGGGAGGGAGUUUUCACUGCCCAAGCAUGAAUACAGAACAAGCAUACUGGGGCUUAUUUAUUAACACUACAGCAGUGUUUCCCAAAGUGUGAGAUGGAUAUCAGUUGUGGUAUUUGCCCUCAGUAUGGCUAUGUGGAAGGGUGUGCUUGCUGUAUUAUCACCUGUAGGACAGGUGGACCAGGGAGCAUGCUCAUGGAAGUAGAAUACUGGAUGUAUCUACUCCUAAGGGCUCCACGGCCAUAUUGAAGGAGGCAGUAUACAGUGCAGAGAAGGGAAGGCACUUCUAAAGGCUGCUCAGGGAGGCAAGAAAAAAGUGCUAUGGACCAGUCCCUGCAUCACAAAUGACCAAUACUACUUAACAGUUUGCAAGCCGCGUAGGUCGGUGCUGUACAUAUGAUAUUUAAAGCGACUCUGUCGCAAAAUGAUACAAAAGAAAGCAUGAAAAAUAAGUAAUUUUUGUACUUAUAUCUUAUUCUGCCUGUGCUGCAGUUCUCUGCUGUAAUCAAGAGUCACCACCACCUAAAAUUAUCUUCAGCAUCUGGGCAAACUAUGCCGCGCUGGUAUAUCCGAUCUUAAGUGAGGAUGUGUCACCUAAAGUGCACAAUGUAAGUAAAAAUCCAAAAAGAGUAAAUGAGAAAGAGAGACAAAAAGAAAAUAUCACAAAAAAAGUCUAAAGCACAAAACAGAUCCACUUCAGCCGGUGAUCCCUUGGUGUGUUAGAAAAUGAAAGAAUAAACUCCAAGUUCUGUGUAUUGUGAGUUAACACCCCUCUGUUGCUGCAUGCAAGGCUUACCAGAAGCAUUUGACCUCCCGUUACAGAUGGGUCAAAAACAGCCUGAAGAUAGUGUAGUCACAGAUCUCCUAAAACAAAGUAAAUGAACAAGCAAAAGAUCUCUCAGUGUAAUCUCUUUAACCACUUGCCGACCGCCGCACGCAGAUGUACGUCGACGACAUGGCACGGGCAGGCAAAUGGACGUACCUGUACGUCCCUUUAAAUUUGCCACCCUGCGGGCGCGCUCGCCGACCAGUGGUUAAAGCGGGGGUUCACCCUAA